GUAUAUGUAUGUAUAUAUGUAUGUAUAUAUAUAUAUAUAUAUUAGGUCGCAGUUUCAGAGUGAUCCAGAUUGAAAGUCACACGAUUAAUCGUCUCUGAGCUUUUACUGUGGUCUGCUGUCACAGGACGACAACAAGCCGGAAGACGAUUCUGUCAACAAGAGGCAGCGAAAGGGCAACCACUACCUCACAGAGUUGUCUUGUCACAGUGUGCCCCCUGCUGGGGAGGACGGGGAGCUGCGGGACAACAAGGUGCGCUCCAUGACAACUCAGCUGCUGGCCAAGUUUGAGGAGAACUCCUCGACUGCCAAGAUACGUAACAAGUCUGAUGAGGACCCAUCCGAUCCCUCCUCCUCUCCUCCUCGGUCUCCUUCCAUCAUGCUGCAUCCCCUCUCAGAGGAGGAGGAUGAGGAAGACGAGAAGGAGCCUGAGGAGAGGGAAAACCCUCGCUUUGCAAAGCCCAAGAAUGUCCCCCCUCCUCCUCUGCCUCCUCCUCGCCCCAAGUGGCAGCCCUCCGUCUACCUCCGCCUGCUGGAGAAUCCCAGUGCCGUGGCUCAGCAAACCGCUUUGCCCUGCUCCCCCAAAUCCUCUCACCCUCCGAGUCGCUCUCCUUCCCCCUCGUGGCCUAAGAGUCCAUUGUGUCCCCCCCGCGCACCGAGCCCUAACGUCACUGAACGCUACUACCCAGAACGCACCUCUCCCGACCUGACAACCAGCCGUUUCUCUGCUCCGGACAGUGACCGUUCCUCUGAGAGCUCGAUGCAGCAGAGCAAAGCCCAGAGACUCUCUACUGGAGAAUACUCUGCAAGGAGUAUAAGAGAGCGAGCGGUCCUCCUCUCCUCCAUGUUUCCUGGGUCCAGCAGACCUCCUCUCUCUGAAUCGCAGGUGGAACUCUCUACCUCUUCACCUCUUUCCUUCUCCCCAACUCCUCCUCCUCCUGCCUCUGUAUCUAAGACCUCCAUCGUCCAUCCCGUAGUCCACCCUAUCCCUGACCCCACUGCCCAGGCCGGUUUCUCCUCUGUCCCCCUGUACACUGGUGGACACAAGGAAAAGAUACAGAAAGACUCCUCCUCAUCUUACACCGACUCUGUUGUUGAUUCCUCCACAUGUAACAACAAAAUAUCCGCUGCUGUUUCUUCCACUUGCUUUGACAAGAGUCAGGAGAUCUCCCCUCCCGUCUCUGAUACCAACUGUGGAAAUGAACACAGCAGGUCAUCUCCCCAUGCACUUACUGUACCGCACAAGGAAAGCUACGAGAGGAUUCUUCAGAGUUCUUGGAAUAUUCUGGAAAGUGAGCAGGACAAGGUCCACAAAACCGCUUGGGAAACAUUUGAGAAAUUAGCCGAAAACGAUCACAUGAAGUGCAAUGGGAGCUGCGAUCUUGAGAACCCUAGAAGAAUCACUCAAAAGUCAAUUGUUCGCUCCGAGAGUUGUCCGUCUGGAGCUGCUAGUUACAUUAAGGAGCGUACAGUCGGAAAGGUAUCAACCGCCAUAGAUGCUAAAGCUCAGAAAUUGGCCGUCCUGUAUGAGACAGAUCACAGGCCCAAUGCCACACUGUGUGUGGUACGUAAGGACUUUCCUCCCGGGCUCGGCGGCAGUGACAUCUGCCACUUCUGCACCAAGCGGGUAUAUGUGAUGGAGAGGCUGAGCGCCGAGGGCUACUUCUUCCACCGCGAGUGUUUCCGCUGUGAAGUCUGCAACAGCACUCUCCGUCUGGGAGGGCACAUCUUCGACUCGCAGGAGGCAAAGUUCUACUGCAAGAUGCAUUAUACCCAGCGCCAGUCCAGCACUUGCAUGGGAAAGUUCAGAAGGAGAAUGGAAGACCAACGGCGCAUCACAACGGACAGCGGGGGCUUUUCGGCAACGGGCGGCAUCCUGCUCCAACCCCCAGGUACCCUGGUUUCCUUGCUUAGCCGAGGCCUGAGUUGGCCGCGGCGGGCCAGCCAGGCUGUGUGUGUGUUGCCUCGACGGCUGUUGGGAAGUGUGUGCGAUUCUCUGGCGGCCGUGGGGCGCCACGUCAGGAGCCGCUCACACGACUACGUGUUCCUGUACGAGCUGCUGAGCCUGGGCUGGCCUCUGCUGUGCAUGAUGCACGAGGUGCUGGGACAGAUGUCCCAGGAGCCCCAGCUUGCCCGCAGGCAGCUUGUCGGCCACCGGUUCUCAUAGAAAAAGGGGCUUAUCAGGGCCAGUUGACCUGACUGGAACCCAUGGAUUUGAAUCUGUGCUCUUGUACUGCCCAAAAUAAUUUUGAGACCAAAUACUAUCUGUAUUUACUACAUUCCAAGUGUCCUUGGUCAUUUAAGUUUUUUGUGUUUUGAAGUCAAAAGUGUUUUAUAAAGUAACUUAGCCAUAAAAGUGCUUCACUCGAUUAGCUUCUGCUGCUUGUAUUCAGUGCCUGGUGUGAAUUUUGCCUGCAGUUACAGUGGACAGCACAAGAAAAAGACUGUCAUGUAGGUACUCUGGUUAUAUUGUGUGUUUAAGUGUUAAAUCGUACAUGCUGGGUCGACUUCAGGGGUGUUGCAUGUCUAAAACGCUGGUAACUAGCCCUUGUGGAUGUUGACUCUCACGGUCUCCUGGUGCUGCACCCCUGCCGAAUGCAUCUCCGACUCUCAAGGGCUUGUUUCAGGCUGCUUGGAUGAUACGUAUCAGACACAGUAAGUCUGCUCCAGUCGUUUGGGGGCAACCAAUUGGAAUGUCACAAAAUGUUAAACCCCAUUCUGCACUUCAGAUUGAGCUUUGAAGUAUCUGAGGACAUUUAAUCGGAGUGGAGUAACCCGGAACAACCCCUCUGACUCUAACCUCGAAAACCAUCUGGCCAGUGUGGUUUGGUUUCAGUGAGCUAGAAUUAUGUCGGAGUGAUCCACAUGGUUUUCGUUGACUUUGCCUACUGCACCUUAACUCUGCGCCACAGGGAUGUGCAAUGGAAAUUCCAAAACAGUAUUACUUUUUUUUUUUUUUUUUGUGUUAGGUAGUAUUUCACUUUGCCAUGUAUUUUGUAAAAGGUAUAUGACUGAUUUCACUUGCAAUAUUUAGGGCUCAUUGUUUACGGUUUUCAUUUUAUAGGGAAAGAAAAUCAGACAAAUUAUUUUGAAUAUUUAAAAAACGUAAUACACCAAUAAUACGAAAAUCUAAUCGUAAAAAACUGGAUGAAAGUAAAAGUUCGACCAUAAAAAGUUGUUGCGUUUGCUUUUGAAAUCAAUUUGAAAGUCAGUUUAGACCAGUCUGUCUUUUUGAUUAGAUCUGGAUAUUUUCUGAAAACAAUUAGUACAAGCCAAAAACCAUGAGCCUUAUCUAUAAUCCUACUAGGCUGUCUCUUUUUUUCCUCAGUAGUGAACAUAUUUGCUUGGUGAAAAAAAAGCCACAAAAGACUGUACACUCCUGUGCGAAAAUAUUUAGCUUUGUUUGUUUUUUUAUUCAAAGUUUUGCACUUCUUUUUUUGUGUCAUUUUUGAAUAUUUUUUGUUCCUCCAUAUUCUAUGUUGUUCAUGACCCUGAAUAUGAAUGAAUUGUGCAGAAUUAAGGGUGAAUUCUUAAAAUGCACUGUUGAAGUAAUGACCUGUUUUUAGUCAGUUCUCACAUUUCAAUGUCUUCCUAUAGUGUUUCCUUUUAAUUCUUUGCACUCGGUGUCUCCCCCCCACAUCUCCCUCAUUUUCUUUUUCCAAAUUCAUUUUUCUCUGUUGUGUUCACUUCAGUUUGUUCAGUCAGUUUCAAGUUUCCAAUGCUGCACCCUCUGAUUGGCUGCUUCCUGCCAGUGCGGGAAGGUGAUGAUUGGCCGGCUUUGGUCAUGAGAUCUUGUCGUGUUGCUUUUGCAUUGGCUGCCCCUGUAGCUCCGCCCCCUUUCACCUGACCCAGAUUAACCCAUCACAAACCAGCAUGUAGAGUAUGGCAUGCAGUUGUCAGUAAAGGUGUUAUGUGUGGCAUCGUGAUAUGUCAAACAGAAUUCCAAAUGAAUUAUUAUACCUUGGUCAAAUUCCAAUAAACAAAUUGUAUUACCUCCUGUUCAUCUCUAUCUAAUGCCACUCAUACCUUAAACUCUUUCUCUAAAAUGAGACCAUGUGCUCUUAAAGGACCAGUGUGUAGGAUUAAGAACAUAAUCUAGUGUAAUAACCACCUGAAAUAGAUAGUUAGCCCUUCAUAUCUACAUAAGGAGCAGGUCCUCUUCCCGGAGUCUGCCAU